GGUAAAGAUAAUGGGGUCGGAAAUUUCUAGACUCCGAAUGGAGAGCCCCUUGCGGGCACUUUUGAAAGCUAACGGAACCCCUCUUAAAGCUCGAACUGCUCGAACGUUCCUAAGAGCAAUAGAGCAUCAAGCCCCUUGGUUUUUAGGUGAGGGCCUCUUAAGGGUCCCACAGUGGGAAUAUUUGGGAGAAGAUUUGAGAAAGGCUGAUGCUCAGCAGCCUUUGCCAACAGGCACCAUGGCUAUAUGGGCUCUUGUGAGGAGCUGCCUUACCGUUAAAAAGGACAAAUUUGCAGGCCCCCUAAAAGAAGGAAGUUCCAUUUUAGAGGAAGUAAAAGAGGAACGCUCUUUGCACUCCUCCCGUUCCUCUGAAACUGGCAGUGAAAAUGGUGAAGAGGAGGAGUUCAGCGGGGAGGAAUUAGAAAGGAAGGUAAAAGAACUAAAAAUAGGUCAUGCAACCCUUCCUGAUAUGAUCGAGCCCCCAGCGCCACCCCCUCCCUAUUCAGGUUCCUGUAAGGGCGCAUGCUCGCGUCAAACCUCCUCUCCUUGGGCAGAUCUCUCAACGGCUUGCUUCCCCAUUCUCGACGCUCAAAACCAAAGGUUUCAUCAGCCCUUAGACUUUAAGCUUGUGAAACAAUUAAAGGACGCAGUUAACACAUAUGGUCCUCAGGCCGCCUUCACAGUAUCCUUAUUAGAGUCCCUAGCGGGGCUCAACUUGAGCCCAGGGGACUGGACAAACUUGGCUAGAGCUACCUUAUCAGGGGGCCAAUAUCUGAUGUGGAAAACAGCCUGGCAGGAAUACAGCGCAGACACUGCCCAGGAGCAAUGCAGCCACCGGCCACCCAGACUGGAAUGUAGACAUGCUAAUGGGCUUAGGAAAUUAUGUCACUGUUCAGGCUCAAGCCCAAUACCACCCCGCCAUCUACCUACAAAUAGCCACCGCAGCUACAAAAGCUUGGAAAACCCUACAGGGUACCGGAGGUUUACAGGGACAAUUAUCAAAAGUCAUUCAAGGCAAUAAUGAGCCAUAUGCCGAUUUUGUAGAUCGUCUACUCCAGACAGCUUCCCGCAUUUUCGGGGAUACGGAACAAGCCAUGCCCCUAGUCAAGCAAUUAGCCUAUGAGCAGGCAAACACAUGGUGCAAGGAAGCUAUCCAGCCCUGGAAAAGCAAGGACCUCUCCACAUAUUUAAAGCAAACCUCUCCUAAGAAUUAUCUCAGAUGCUCAACGGCACCUGGUCAGCCAAAUUCCACAAUCUGACAGCCUCCCUCCGGAUGGAGAUUCUGCAGAUCAAUGCCACGAGAGUCAACCCUCUCACGGCCUCCCAAUUCCUACAACUAUGCAGGCAGUGGUGGCUUUUGGGAAAUCCUGGUUUGGGACUAUUGUACUCGGCUGUAUUGUGCUCUUCGUCCUCCUCCUGGCGCUGCAUUGGAUAAGGGCCCUCCAACACACAUUAGCCAGAGACUGGCAGGCUGUACAUCAAGCCUUGGUAGCCAUAGAGCAUGGUAGCUCACCCCAAGUAUGGCUUAGCAUGCUGGACCGGUAGUCAAUGAUGGGUAAUGAGGACGAUAACAGCAUACCAACCUAAGACAGAAGCUGCAGCAUGCUCUGCAGUAUUUGAUGACGGGUAAGGGCACAAGUUGACCGUCCCAACCUAAGACAGGCACGGUCCCUUAUCCAUACAAAUAAAUAAAGAAGGGGGAGCUGUCGGGGUCGUGACCCUAAGAUGGCGCAGUCACGUCCCUAAGAUGGCGCUGGCUACAUAGCCCGAGCAGCAGGGACAGCCAAAAAACAUCCACCCUGGCCACAUGUGACCUUGUGCUCCUCACAUGAACACCUCUGUGAUUGGCUGUUAUGCCACCACUGCCUACGCCCCAGAUACCUCCUGUUCACGUGAACACCUCUAUGACUGGCUGUAUACCUCCUGUUCACGUGAACACCUCUGUGAUUGGCUGUUAUGCCCUAUAUAAGGCAAGGGUACUUCCCCGCGGGGGAGGAGAAAGAUGACCAGAGAAUAAACAAGAGCUUGUGCAUGGA